AUGAUAUUUGUUUGCCUCUUUCCAGAAAACUGAACAGAUAACAUCAGCAAAAUAACAGCAAACGGCUUCUUUCUCUCUCUCUCUGUAUGUGUGUUUGUGUGUUUGUGUGUUGGGUGUCUUUAGCUCUUUGUCUAACUCCAUUUAUGCCGGAAGCUUAAAACCCAAGAGACGUCAUGCUGAUGAUUCCCUCAUCUUUUAAACCCUCUUCCCUACUAAGGAUUCAUUUGAUUCAGAACAAGCAAAUAAUACAAUGCUGCUCAAGUCACGACUUGAGACAUGACAGGUCCGGGGCAAAGAGUGGCGGCAUGUCUCAUUAUGAAGAGAAUGUGAAUCGAAGGCUUCUCCUAUUUCUUUCAGUCACAACUAGCUUGUUUCCAACUUUAUCUUCUUCUGGAAAGACAAAGAGUAAAAGUCAAUUUGACGAAAGACGCUUACUUGAACAAAACAAGCGGAUACAGAAAGAAAAUAAUGCACCCGAAGACUUUCCAAGUUUCAUUAGAGAAGGUUUUCAGGUUCAGGUAGUAACGCCAGAGAACUACACAAAAUGUGACUCAGGGCUUAUAUAUCGUGAUUUUGUAGUUGGUGAAGGUGAUUUCCCACAGGCUGGUCAGCAGGUGAUGUUCCACUAUGUUGGCUACAAUGAGUCAGGCCGUCGUAUUGACAGCAGCUACACACAGGGUUCUCCUGCCAGAAUCCGCAUGGGCACUAAUGCAUUAGUCCCAGGAUUUGAAGAAGGAAUUCGUGACAUGAAACCUGGGGGGAAAAGAAGAAUAAUCAUUCCACCAGAACUUGGACCCCCGGUAGGACCUUCUACAUUUUUCAGCUCCAAACAGUUCGAAGUGUUUGAUGUGGAACUGCUAAGCAUUCAAAACUGCCGAAGGAGGACUGUCCUGGCUUUUUACUCUGACUUUGUAUGCGAAUAAAUGGCGAGGCAACAUUUUGCCCAUUUGGGCAUCUGGACAUAUCUGCACUCUCUGAAAUGGCCAACACAUGGUUAUUUUGUCGAAUGAAUUUCGAAUUCGGCUGCAGAGUAAGGGAUGAGGCUCAUGUGUAGUUGGAAAAAGGAAUAUUGUGUAACUAAAAUUCUUUAAGAAUAGUUCAUGUAUUUAGCAAUUGUUGACAAAGAUUGUGUUCACAAAUAAAAAUUGAGUUGCAUGCAUGUAACUUAUUGAAUAUUAUUUUAGUCCACAAAUCACCUAU